CUUGAUUUGUUCCAAUUGACCACAUAACGAAAUCGAAACCCAAACCUAACUGCUCCUCUCCCUCCUUAAACCCUAACAGUUUCUUCUCCAGUAUCAGCCAAGAAGCUAUGAAGCGUAAACCAGAACCAGAGGACACCUCCGGCGACGAAGAAAAAUCCCAAAAGCCUUCAGGCGCGAAGGCUCUUACAGACAAGCGGAAGAAAAUUAAGAGUAUUGCUGACGCAGAGAAUAGCUUUCGGGGAGGAGAAGCCGAAAGGCUCUCGGAAUAUAAUGAAGAGGAAGAAGCGGAAGAACAUUUGUCCGUCCUCGAACUCCGCGGCGACGGCGAUGUCUGCCGUGCGCUUAUGGAGCGCUAUUCACGGUCCACCGCAAAGCAGCACCGCCAUCUCUGCGCUACCGCCGCCGCUAUGCAGUCUAUACUUUUAGAGGAAGGCCUCCCUCUCAUUCCUUCUGCAUAUUUUGCCGCCGGCAUUGCUGCGGUUCGCGACGCCGAUCGAGCGGACCGGGAAGGUGUUGCUGCUCUCUCUGCUUUUGUCGCCGUUGUGCUCCCUCUAGUCCACACGGAGUCCUUGCCGAAGGCCAAGGCUAAAGAAGCCGCGAUCGUUAUUGCUUCCUUCCUGAGGGAUCCAGCUGGCGGUCUGUCGACCGGUACCCUGCGGUCUAUGGUCAAGUCAUUGGGUCUGGUGGCUCUGAGAGUGGAUUUGGAAGAUUGGCCUUCGAUUGAAUUGCCUCUUGAGACUCUGCUACUUUUUGCAGUGGAUAAGCGCCCAAAGGUUCGGAGAUGUGCCCAAUCCUGUCUUGAAGUGCUUUUAAAAAAUUGCCAUAAUUCCUCCAUUACCAAAAAGGCUAGCAAAGUUGUACAUUGUAUGCUUAGAAAGUAUAUCGCAUUGGUGAAAAACACCUGUUCAAUUGAACCUACAGACGCUGCUCUGAACAACACUGUGUCCAAACCUGAGAAUUUGGAAACUCUCCACAUGCUAAAUGUUAUGAAUACUGUGCUCCCUUAUAUUUCAGAUAAAGUCAGAAUGAAAAUUUUGUCUGAUGCCUAUGAACUGCUUGGUUUUCAUUUUUCAUGGACAACUAGACAUAUUCUAAGAAUUCUCGAGGCACUGCUGGAGCACUCAGAUGUUAAGGUUUUUGUCCCCAAAGCAGAAGACUUCAUGUCAGCCCUUGCAUCAUACAUCUCCACA